CCCUCUUCACUUCCUUCGAGAGAAUUCCUCUAGCUUCAUUGCUCUAUCUCUUUGGAUUUGCUUGAAUGGCCCCGCGUGGGAGUGCCCUUUGAUCGCUCGCCCUUCGCUUGCCCCAACUCGAUCGGCCGAAACCCUGUUCUACAGCCUGGACCAACCCUCGAAUCUCUCGCCUGGAACGUCCUGAAAGCGCGCCUAUCGCUGCUCUGUUCACUGACUCUUUGUACAACCAAGGACAGUGCGCUUUUGUAGGCCUCAUAGCCUGCGAACACAGCCAAAUCGACAGUCCCCUUUCGCGCCCGGCGCCAUCGGAUCCCGGCCCUGCAAACCGGAUGCUCGUACUUUGCCGGCAACCAAGGUUUUUGUCAAGUUUUAUGCCCUUGAAGGGCGCACCAGUAGCCUAGAUGGCUUCCGUGCACUUCCCUGGGGAGAAUGCGGAGAGCAACAAUGAGCAAGGUGGUGAUACCCGAGAGGUCAGCAGCAACGUAUCUAAACCCACGAAACGACAAAGAUGGGCAACCACUCGAGCCCCCGGACAUGGAGGAAUCAAGAAACGGGUCUCCAUUAUAGAUCGCUUUCAUAAGCGGUCAGAUAUGAGAGAGGAAAAGCGAAAAUCGAACACCACAAGCGCCUCAACCAACGCCGGCUCGACCGACGGCGAUGAGAACCCGGAAGGUGGACCAAAUCGGAGGGUCUACUUCAGUAUCCCGAUUCCAGAGUCCGAACGAGACGAAGACGGCCAUCUGCGAAUCACCUAUCCUAGAAACAAAAUCCGUACCGCCAAGUAUACAGCGCUAACCUUCGUCCCCUACAACGUCUGGUUGCAAUUCCACAACAUCGCGAACAUUUACUUCUUGUUUGUCAUUAUUCUUAAUUUCUUUCCCAUUUUCGGUGCCAACAACCCCGGUCUGAACGCCGUCCCUCUGAUCGUCAUUAUUGUCGUGACGGCUAUCAAAGACGCCAUUGAGGAUUGGGGUCGAACGGUGUCCGAUAACCAAGUGAACAAUUCCCCCGUUUACAGACUGGUCGACUGGAACAACGUCAACUCGACUGAAGACAACAUUGGGUUAUGGCGUCGUGUCAAGAAGGCUUGUACUCGGGCUACAAUCUCGUCAUAUAAGUGGAUUGCAUCUCAGUUCAAAAAGAAGGAUGUCGGAGAGGAGGACGAGGAAGGACAGCGACGCCAAUCCUUCAUGAGCACCGCGGAUCCUCGAGCGUCGAUUUAUACGCAGCGCAACUCUAUGGCCGCGGAAGAUGUUGCCAUCCCAAUGACUGAUGUUCCGUCGCCUCAACCCGAAGCCCGCGAAGAUUGGCCGAUGAUGAACAACUCGGAGAACAAAUACUUGUCCCCGAACAGCGCAGCCCGUGAGAGCGUCGUGGAGCCUUUGCCAGACAAGAAACAUGGAACUGUUUUGGAUAUGUCCAAGCAAACGCCUGGAAAGGCUCGCUUCAAGCGAGACCAAUGGAAGAGUCUGCAAGUUGGUGACUUUGUUCGCUUGUAUAACGAAGACCCAAUCCCCGCCGAUAUCGUCAUUCUCUCUACAUCGGACCCAGAUGGCGCCUGCUAUGUCGAAACGAAGGGACUAGAUGGAGAAACCAACCUGAAAGUUCGCCAGGCUCUUCACUGUGGUCGCCAAAUCCGACAUGCUCGAGACUGCGAAAAAGCCGAAUUUGUGAUUGAGAGUGAGGCGCCCCAUGCCAACUUGUACUCUUACAACGGUGCCGUCCGCUGGGACCAGCGUGACCCGCGUUUCCCAGAGGCUCCUCGGAAAGAGAUGGUAGAGCCCAUUACAAUCAACAACAUCUUGCUCCGUGGUUGCAACUUGAAAAGUACUGAAUGGGUCCUGGGAGUCGUUCUUUUCACCGGCGGAGAGAGCAAGAUUAUGCUCAACUCCGGUGCAACUCCUGCAAAGCGCCCUCGUAUGGCCAAGGAUCUCAACUGGAACGUCAUUUACAAUUUCAUCAUUCUCUUCCUCAUGUGCCUGGUCUCUGGUAUCGUGAACGGAAUUGCGUGGGCAGCGCCAGAUAAAUCUUUGGACUUCUUUGAUCUUGAGUCUUAUGGAGACACACCUCCUGUGACCGGCAUUGUCACGUUCUGGACAGCCGUUAUUCUGUUCCAGAAUUUGGUUCCCAUUUCGCUAUACAUCUCUCUCGAAAUUGUGCGCACUAUUCAAGCUGUUUUCAUCCACAGCGAUCUCUACAUGUACUACGAAAGACUCGGCAUCUAUUGUGUUCCCAAGUCUUGGAACAUAUCAGAUGAUGUCGGUCAAGUUGAGUACAUUUUCUCUGACAAGACUGGCACUUUGACACAGAACGUUAUGGAGUUUAAGAAGUGCACAAUCAAUGGCGUUUCGUAUGGCGAGGCUUACACAGAAGCUCAGAUUGGCAUGAGGCGUCGCGAGGGAGCCGAUGCUGAUGCGGAGGCUGCCCUGGCCCGACAACAAAUUGCUGCCGAUGGGCAGGAAAUGCUUCGAAACUUGCGUCGCAUUCACGACAAUCCUUACCUGCACGACGAUCAGCUGACCUUCAUUGCUCCGAAAUUUGUCGCCGAUCUGGAUGGAAAAUCUGGCGAGCAACAGAAGCAGUCUGCCGAGCACUUCUUCCUGGCUCUCGCCUUGUGUCACACUAUCGAGUUCAAGGCUCAGUCCCCUGAUGAGGCUGCGCUAGUCAGUACCGCUCGAGACUGUGGUUUCACUGUUCUGGGUCGAGCCGGUGACGACCUUCUCCUGAAUGUGAUGGGCGAGGAACGCACUUAUACCGUUUUGAACACUCUCGAGUUUAACUCGUCCAGGAAACGAAUGAGUGCGAUCAUCCGAAUGCCUGAUGGUUCUAUCCGUCUGUUCUGCAAGGGUGCUGAUAGCAUCAUCUAUUCUCGUCUUGCUCGUGGCAAGCAGCAAGAACUCAGACGUCAGACCGCAGAGCAUUUGGAGGAAUUUGCUAGAGAAGGUCUCCGAACUCUCUGUGUUGCCGACCGCCUACUUAGCGAAGAGGAAUACCAGUCUUGGGUCAAGGACCAUGACAUUGCUGCCGCUGCCAUCACCGAUCGUGAGGAGAAGCUCGAAAGGGUCUCCAGUGAAAUCGAGCAGGACCUCAUGCUCAUUGGCGGAACUGCCAUUGAGGAUCGAUUGCAAGACGGCGUGCCAGACACAAUCCAACUUCUUGCGGAUGCCGGUAUCAAGCUUUGGGUUCUCACUGGUGACAAGGUCGAGACUGCUAUCAACAUUGGCUUCUCAUGCAAUCUCCUCAACAACAACAUGGAGUUGAUUGUGCUCAACAUUGCGGAGACCGAAUUCCAGCAAGCUACAGCUGAGCUUGACAAGCAUUUGCAGACCUUCGGUUUGACGGGCUCCGAUGAAGAACUUCUUGCUGCCCGAACGGAUCAUACCCCACCCGAGGCUACGCACGCCGUGGUCGUCGACGGUGAAACCCUUAAACUGAUGCUGUCUGACGAGUUGAAGCAAAAGUUCCUUCUGCUGUGCAAGCAGUGCAAGGCUGUACUUUGCUGCCGUGUCAGUCCGGCACAGAAAGCCGCUGUUGUCAACAUGGUCAAGAACGGUCUCAACAUCAUGGCCCUUUCAGUUGGCGAUGGUGCCAACGAUGUGGCUAUGAUUCAAGAGGCUGAUGUGGGUGUUGGUAUUGCUGGUGAGGAAGGUAGGCAAGCUGUCAUGUCCUCGGAUUAUGCUAUUGGUCAGUUCCGGUAUCUUCAGCGCCUCCUCUUGGUGCAUGGCAGAUGGUCUUACCGUCGGCUUGGAGAAUGCACGGCCAACUUCUUCUACAAGAAUCUUGUGUGGACAUUUGCUCUCUUCUGGUACUGUAUCUACAACGACUUCGACUGUUCCUAUCUGUUCGACUACACAUACAUCGUGUUGGUCAAUCUGGCGUUCACUUCCUUGCCGGUUAUCUUCAUGGGUAUCUUCGAUCAGGACGUGGAUGACAAGGUUUCCCUCGCUGUUCCGCAACUGUACAUGAGAGGUAUCGAGCGCAAGGAAUGGUCGCAGCUCAAAUUCUGGUUGUACAUGGCCGAUGGCUUGUACCAGUCGAUCAUUUGUUUCUUCAUGCCUUACCUCUUGUUCAGUCCGGCAAACUUUGCCACCGGAGAUGGUCGGAACAUCAAUGACAGAGCGCGCAUCGGUGUUCUUGUCGCAUCCUGCGCCGUUCUCUCUAGCAACCUCUACAUCAUGAUGAACACCUACCGAUGGGAUUGGUUCACUUCUCUGAUCAACGUCAUCAGUAGUCUGCUGAUCUUCUUGUGGACCGGGAUCUACACGUCUUUCACGUCCUCAGGCCAAUUCUACCAUUCCGCUGCUGAGGUCUAUGGAGCAUUGAGCUAUUGGGUGGUGCUUUUGCUUACUAUUCUAAUCUCCCUACUCCCAAGAUUCACGUACAACUCCGUCCAGAAGGUAUUCUUCCCGCUUGAUGUCGAUAUCAUUCGGGAACAGGUGACCCAGGGCAAGUUCAAGUACCUGGAUGCGCUCGACGAUAUGCCCGCCUUGCCCCCGAAAGUCCCCACCUCCGAGACUGCGGUCCUCAGUGAAGGAUCGGCAACCUCAUCAGAGAUUGUGAAGCCAGUGCAGCCCGCCAUGAAGCAGGACACUGCAGUUCCCGAUGAUGAGCGACCCUUCUAUGCGCCAUCCAUGGCCCCCACUGCGAAUACCCACAAUCCUCGCAGUCAAAACGGCAGCAACGGCACUAAUUAUACCGCAAGCCUCGACCAGUACCCGCGACCGCAGUCGGUAGACUACGUUCGCCGAUCUCACGACCGGACACGGCAUUCCUUCGAACGGGGUCGACCAAGCUUUGAGCAGAGCAACGAUUUCACUUCUGCUGCUAUGCUUUCCCGAAUGGAGUCCUCCAAUACACCCCAUCGUCAAAUUGAAGAUCCGUUCCGGACUCCUGACGAUGCUUCUGCACAUAAUAUGAUUUAGAGGAGCGCAUACUGCGUUGCAUUGACCUUGACGACCCGUCCGAUGACGUUCUUCCCUGGGUUAUUCUGAUCUGCUCUUUGCGAUUUCCCUCACUAUUCCUAUUUGACGAGCAAUAUUCCGUGGUGUUUUCCCUUUUUUUGAGAGUCUUUUAUAUUCCCUGAUAGAAAGCAGGCGUUUGGUUUACCACUUUAUUCGGCCGGAGGCUUAGCGCAUAUCUUGUUUGUUCCCCCUCAUUCUGACCUUUCUUUUUCUUU